UAUGAAUCAAGCAAAGCUAAGGCAAUUUUAGAAUUUUAAUUUUGAAAACAAUGUUGUUUGGAAGGAUUUUAUUAAAGAAUUAGAUCCUAAAAUGUAUAUUGUAAAUUCUAAUAAUAAGACCUAAAGAAAGAUUUGAGAAGCUUAAGAAAAUUUGGUAUAGGGAUAAUAUUGAUCCAGAGUUUGAUCCUGAAUUUAUUAGUAAUACAAACUCACAAUAUACUCAUCAGAAUCAUACUCAUACUGAAAAAGAAAUUACUUCUGACUUAUAUUAAUAAAGUAAACAUGCUUUUCAUAUUAGCCCUUGUUUUUAAAAUUCUUUUUGGUAUAGAGAAUUUUCUAAAAUUGGCAUUUAUUGUAACUUCUUUCAUCCCAAUCGGCCCUAAUACAUAAUUUGCUAUGUUAGCCUGUAUUUUGGGUUUGUAUAGAUAAUGCAAAUUUCCAACAUGGACUACUGAUUAUGGAAAGUUAGUGCUAAAAAAUGAAUUUACUCAAAAUCUAUUGUUUCUAUUUGGAUAUUUCUUUGUUUACUCUUUCAAGACAGUAUUUAAUGUUCCAUUGAUUUUACACUUUGUUCUUGGUUUAGCUAGUUAUGUGUUGAAAGUGCAAGGUCCAAUUUAUCAAAGUAUAAAUAAAUAUUUAUUUUUAGAAUUUAAAAGUUAAGUUGAUUAGAUAAUUUCAUUGUAAGAACAAAUUUAUAAACUAAAAUACAGAAUUGAAAUAGCAUUAGUUCCAGCAAGUUUUGUAUUCCUAUUAUUAGGAAGGUCAUCUCUAUUUACCUUCAUUUACUUUGCAAAUUUUAUUCGAAUGAAAUACUUAUUAAUUGAUAAAUUUUAAGUAGAAUGCAAAUAUGUAAAUUAAAAGUAUUUGGAACCAUACAAAUCAAAUCCAAUAUUAGAUUUCAUAAUUUCAAAGGUCUAAUAAAUUCAUUCAUAUUUGGUAAAUUUUAUAUGA